CCUAAUUUCUCCCUUCUAGGUUUAGGGUUGAGGGCUUAGCGAGAAUGUUGUGGGUGGACAAGUACCGCCCCCACACUCUGGACGAGGCGAUCGUCCACCAAGAGCAAGCGCAGCGCCUCAAGAGCCUGAUAGCCGAAGGAGAUUGCCCGCAUUUGCUCUUCUAUGGGCCCUCUGGCGCUGGAAAGAAGACACUUAUCAUGGCUUUCUUGCGAGAGCUCUUUGGAGCUGGGGCUCAGCAGGUUCAAGUUGAGAACAAGGCCUGGAAAGUCGAGGCCGGAACGAGGAAAAUCGACGUUGAGCUUACCACAGUGGCGAGCAACUAUCACGUCGAGCUUAAUCCCAGCGAUGCGGGAUUUCAAGAUCGGUAUGUGGUUCAAGAGAUCAUCAAGGAGAUGGCCAUGAGCAGGCCUCUUGAUCUGGGUGUUGACAUAAGUUUCAAAGUUCUCGUCCUUAACGAAGUGGAUCGCCUCUCGAAGGAGGCGCAGCAUUCACUCAGGCGAACGAUGGAGAAGUAUAGCGCCGCCUGCCGAUUGAUCCUUUGCUGCACAAGUGCUUCGAAAGUUAUCGAGGCUGUUCGAUCGCGAUGCCUCAACGUGCGGAUCAAUGCUCCAUCUGAAGAUGAAAUCACUAAAGUGCUCCAGUUCGUCGCUAAAAAGGAAGAGAUACGUCUUCCACCGGCUUUUGCUGGUCGAAUUGCGUUACAUUCGAACAGGAACCUACGGCGAGCCAUACUUUCAUUGGAGGCCUGCAAAGUCCAACAGUAUCCGUUCACAGAGAAUCAACCUGUUCAGACCACUGAUUGGGAGCAAUAUAUUGUAGAGAUCGCAUCGGACAUAGUCAAUGAACAGAGCCCGAAGAGAUUGUUCAUCGUGCGUGGAAAGCUAUACGAGCUGCUUGUGAAUUGUAUCCCUCCUGAAAUAGUUUUAAAGAGGCUACUUGUUGAGCUAAUGAAGAAACUAGAUUCGGAGCUAAAGCACGAGGUGUGUCACUGGGCAGCCUAUCACGAACAUCGUAUGCAACUUGGACAGAAGGCUAUUUUUCAUCUCGAAGCCUUUGUCGCCAAGUUUAUGAGCGUUUACAAGAAAUUCCUGAUAGCAACCUUUGGUUAGUCGCAGUAAGGCAUUGUUCCAUAGGAAAUCGCUUCUUACACAUUGAUUGUGCCACUUAAAGUUCUCUUUUUAAGAAGGAAGGAACCUUUGGCUUGGCCU